AUGUCGUCGACUCGCCGGCAAACAACAACUUCACGACCUCGGUCGGGCUCCCAUGCGCCAAUGCCUACGAACGGAAAGCUAUAUCCCAGAACCACCCAGUCCCGACCCGAUGCGGAUUAUGAUGACUAUUCCGCGCUACCGCCUGGCCCUGAAGCUCCUAUAAUUCGUGGCGACUCGGUUCGACGCUCACACGCCCAGGAACAGUCUGGUGAAGCCCGAUCUUUUGCGGAGCGCGCAAGGCAUCUACCCCCUGAGCGUAGACUUCCGGAGCCUCCUCGAUCUAGCCCAACCGAAAACAUGCAGCGCUCUUCUUCGAUCUCAGCAGCUGGUGCUAUCCCGCCUACCCAACGGUCACAAUCACUAUCGGAGCAGCAAGCACUUAGUAAAAAACACCAGUCUCCUUCCGCAGAACAUUCUAUUUCACAGACCCAGCCGAGCGAACCAACCACGCCCAUCAGUCGAUCCAAUUCAGAGACCACCCGGAAAAAAGAUGCUCAGAAGAGGCGCGAUCGCGACUGGGCGCCGGCACGAUCUCCUUUGCAGAAACUUGAAGUGACAUUGAAGGAUAUUAGCAAGGAAGAGAAACGGGCUAGAGUGGAAGAGGCAGAGAUGCUCCUGAGAGAAGCCAAAGCUGGACGUCAGAGUCGUCGUGUUAGUCGGGAUGUGCGUCAAACUCCAAGGUCCAGGGCGGAUGAUCAGGCAGGAAACUCCGUUACUCAACCAUCCACCCUUGAGGAAGCCGGAAUUACAAGGAGCUUAAGUAUAAAGCAGCGAGAACGUCUACAGCACAGUGCCGUGGUAGAGUCUACGAAACCCUCCCCUGGACGGUUCUCAGCACAGCGCGAAGGAUUCGAUUAUCGGGCAUUUGAACAGGGCGAACCCAGUAACUCCGAUGUAGAUGUGGAAACGGAACAAAAUCCCCAGUUUUCGCUUGAUGCAGGGGUGAACCAAUUCAUGGCUGCCGCACAGGAAUAUGAACCAGAGCCAGAGCACAGAACCGCACAGCCAUCAGCAAAUCAAUUCAGAAAUGCACAAGGUCAAAGACGGCAGUCUUUUCAAUCUAGUGCUUCUCCAGUUAGCCCUGAAGCUCCAGUACAAAGAAGCAACAGCCGGAAACUUCAAAAGCCUAUGCCUAAAGAAUAUCAAGACCAAUACGGUAGGGAAUAUGCUGGCGGCCCAAACAUGGUACCUUCAACCAGCAGAGCAAAUGCUUACGAUAGUGCACCUAUCAAUUCAGAAACCCGGUCAGUACCCGUCAACAAACCUAUAGAAACGCUCAGGGCUACAAAUGACGAUACUGUUGGUCUAGGGCUGGCCACCGUUAGUAAUGAAGGCCAGUCGGAUGACCUAGACUCGACGACGGAAGGGAAAAGGCAUGAAAGUAAAAAGCGGUUUUCUGUGACAUUCGCUGUUCCGCCGCCGACUCCGCCGCCGCUCGAGGAAUGGAAAACGGCGACGGUCGGCAGGUUGGUUGCUGAUGAUUUUAAUUUGAAUCGCGUCGAUACCCAAAAGGCUUGGUGGGAAGGGGGUGGUUCGGGCAGGCGAAAGAGAAGUCAGUCCAUAUCGCAACAUAUUCCACAGCCUUCCCCCAAAAUAAAGAAAAACAACCAAUUCGAGCCAGCUCUUUAUUUGCGAUGUGGACCAUUACUCCGAUUCACCGGAAUGAAGCGCGAGAAGAUUGAUAGUCCUGCAGGGCCCAUCGAAAGGGAGAUCUGGAGAGGAAGCAUUAUGAUUGCCACGAAAGACUCUGCCUCUUCAUAUGGCGUUCCGCCCAUAAUUCGCCUUUUUCCGCAACCGAGAGAUUUGCUUCCACCUCCACCACCUGAGAUUCGCCCAGAACGCGGGGAGCAUCUUGCUCCUGAGUAUGUUGAUCCGAUUGCUGGGCUCACCAAACUAGCCAGAAACGGUAAACUGCUCUAUGUCAAACCGGUGGAUCAUAUCGAGGAGGCGCAAGACCUCUCCUUCGUCGAAGACGAAGAUGGGCUGUUUGAAGAAUCACCUAGCCCAUUAGAUUAUACCACUAGUCCCCAGGUGAACAAGUCACCCGACGCGAGGGUUCGAGACUUGGACGGGGAGUCUGUCGGAAAAUACAAGGAAAUCCCAGGAUUUCGGCUCUACGCCGACCCAGCGAGAGACGUGACUUUCUGGCGCUUCAAUCUUGAGAUUGAGCUGGGCACCAAGCAGGCGCACAUAGCUUAUCGCAUCAACCAAGGCUCUGCUCAAGGGUUCUGGGUGCCCGCAAAGGGACAAACGAUGAACGUCAUGUUCCACAGCGGCAAUUGCUUCAAUAAAGCCGUGGACACGGACAAGUUCAGCGGACCUGAUCCGUUAUGGCGAGAUGCGCUCAACGUCCACCAGACGCGACCGUUCCACGUUAUGGUCGGCGGAGGAUCGCAAAUCUACAAUGAUACCGUAGCGUUCGAAACCCAGCACUUUCAGAGCUGGUUGGACCUAAAAGUCAAAUAUGAAAAGCACGAGCACCCUUUCAACUUGGACAUCAAAGCCGAACUCGAGGAUUUCUAUUUGAACAAUUAUUUGCGGUGGUUCUCCCAGGGGCUAUUUAGCAUGGCCAGUUCGCAGAUACCGAUGGUUAACAUGUGGGAUGAUCACGAUAUAAUCGGCGGUUUUGGAUCUUAUUCGGAUGAGUUUAUGAAUUCGCCGGUCUUUUCUGGGCUGGGGAAUAUUGCUUUCAAGUACUAUAUGCUUUUUCAGCAUCAGAGCGUCCCGGAGGAAACGCAGACGGAGGAGCCCAGCUGGAUUAUGGGUGCCAAUCCAGGCCCCUUUAUUCACCAAAGAAGCAGAAGCGUUUUCGUGCACUUGGGUAGGCGGGCGGCACUUUUAGCUGUAGACUGUCGAACUGAGCGCACCAGGUACGAUAUCCUGAGCGACGACACCUAUGACCUGAUUUGGAAUCGCUGCCACCAGGAGAUAGUGAAAGGAGAGACAAAACAUCUGCUCGUCCUUAUAUCAAUACCGGUCGCUUAUCCGAGAAUGGCGUGGCUUGAAAACGUGACAAGCAAGGUGAUGGACCCUAUGAGAUCACUUAGCAAAGUCGGGUUGUUUGGGAGCUCAGAGAACAAAGUUGGGAGCGGCGCCGGGCAUUUAGACGACCAUUGGACAGCAAAGCUGCAUAAGCUCGAACGAAAGUGGUUGAUUGAGGACCUUCAGGAACUAGCUGCAGAGAAGUCUGUUCGGAUCACGAUUCUGGGAGGUGAUGCCAGUUUGGCGGCAAUGGGGCAGUUUUACACAGACCCAAAGCUUGAGAUUCCAAAGGAUAAAGAUUACAGAUAUAUGCCAAACGUGGUCUCGUCACCGAUUGUCAAUGCACCCCUGCCAGAAAUUAUGAGUGACGCACUGAAUCGGCGAAACAAGGUUCAUAUCGUCGAUACGAAGACAGUCGAGGACAUGAGACCAAUCUUUACCCAUGAUGUCGACGGGAAGCCGAGAAAUAAUAAACGGCUCCUGCCAAGGAGGAAUUGGUGUUGCAUCCGGGAAUACGCUCCAGGUUCAACACCGGUUCACACACCUUCGGAGCCCGACACGCCAGAAGGCCCUAGAGUGGGGAACCUUGUCCGGUCUCUAUCACUCUCUCGUGGCGAGAGCCGAGGUCUGGGACGGUCAUUCUCUCUCUCACGACGGUUUUCUAUGCGAGGACCGCCGCCGUCAAGAUCUAUAGAGACAGCAGAAUACAACCAGCGCAGCGUCAGCCACGACGGUUCGCAGCAGCCUUCAGAGCAUCAGGAUAGUUAUUUCCCAGCACUCUCGGGACAGCCUCCCCAACAGCCUAACGGAAACGAACCCGAACCACGGCCCGGGAAUUUCAUCCGACGACGCACCGAUUUGAGUGCAAAGGAUCUCAAGCAAGCGCUCAGACGGGGGCACGAUAUGCAUCAUUUCAUUAACCUUGAGGGUGGCCUGGAUAUCACCUUAAACUGCGAAGUAAGCCCCAGCGACCCAGCUGGCAUCACAACGCCGUACAGGGUCCUGGUACCUGCGUUAUCAUUCGACGGCGAGUUUGAGCCUAGCAUUCCUCUUGAGAAACGGAAGUGGUGGAUGCUGAGGCGCAAGAAGCCAGCCAACACGCAGCCCGGAGACGAGAUCAGUGAGGAUAAGUAUGAUGAUCAACCCGGCCAGGGUGCUGCGAGGCCAUCUACCCCGCCGGUGCAGGAGAAACAUGGUCAAUUUUCUUCCCCUGACGGCGUGGGACAGGGAUACAGCAGCGUGGAAGCGUACAGGCCGAAGAAAAAGCGGUUUGGAAUCUUCUGA